GGCUCUUGUCAAUACCGUGGAUGUAGAAAUCGCAUUUACACCGGGAGUUUUCUUUCACCGGAGAAGUUUGCGAUAUUGGAAAGCGUAAAUCUGCAGCGAAGAGACUCGAGACUACCACCGGAGCGCGAAUACGGAGAGUAAACAGGAGAAUAAACAUAUAACGUUACCCUCAGCCAUUUUGCCUUCGCCGGCCCGAGGGCUAUUUAUUCUCUGACCGCACGGUAUGCAAACCUGCCGCAAGUCCGUGCCAAACAAGUGAAGCGGAGAUGGGUUGGCUCUUCAAGAUCUGAAUUCAACUGAACUGUUUCCAGAGCCGCGCUGCUUUCAUCGACAGGACAAAAAAGACAGGACGGAAAGGAUGGAGUGCAACCUGUUGGGGAUUUACCUGUUCCUCGCACUUGCCCUACUGCCCCGGUCGAGCGGCACCACGGCCAAAGAGAUCACCUGUCAGGAGAUAGCCGUGCCUCUGUGCAAGGGCAUCGGCUACAACUACACCUACAUGCCCAACCAGUUUAACCACGACACGCAGGACGAAGCGGGCUUGGAGGUGCACCAGUUCUGGCCUCUCGUGGAGAUCCAGUGCUCCCCGGAUUUGAAGUUCUUCCUAUGCAGCAUGUACACCCCCAUAUGCCUCGAGGACUAUAAGAAACCCCUGCCGCCGUGCCGGAGCGUAUGCGAGCGAGCAAAGGCGGGCUGCGCUCCGCUCAUGCGCCAGUACGGCUUUCCCUGGCCGGACCGGAUGAGGUGCGAUUUGCUGCCCGUGCAGGGCACACCAGACACGCUGUGCAUGGACUACAACCGAACCGACUCCACCACGGUCUCCCCCGUGCUGUCCAAGCCCACCAACUACCCCAGCAAACCUUUUAACCCGCAUAAGAAGAAGAACGGACGAGUGGCUGUCGGACCUAAAGCGAGCAAACCCUGCGAAGCGGGCUGCCAGUGCCGCGCGCCGAUGGUGGCUGUGAACAGCGACCGACACCCGCUGUAUAACCGCGUCAAGACGGGUCAGAUCCCGAACUGCGCCAUGCCUUGUCACAACCCGUAUUUCACCCAGGACGAGCGGACCUUCACGGCCUUCUGGAUCGGACUUUGGUCGGUGUUGUGUUUCAUAUCCACGUUCGCCACCGUCGCUACGUUUCUAAUCGACAUGGAGCGAUUUAAAUACCCCGAACGGCCGAUUAUUUUCCUCUCGGCGUGUUACAUGUUUGUGUCCAUCGGCUAUAUCGUGCGUUUAAUCGCCGGGCACGAGAAAGUGGCGUGUAAUCGGGAGUACGACGUGGAGCACAUUCACUACGAGACCACCGGACCCGCGCUUUGCACCGUCGUGUUUUUAUUAAUUUAUUUUUUCGGGAUGGCCAGUUCGAUAUGGUGGGUGAUUCUCUCUCUAACCUGGUUCCUGGCGGCGGGCAUGAAAUGGGGCAACGAGGCCAUCGCCGGGUAUUCUCAGUACUUUCACCUGGCAGCUUGGCUUAUCCCGUCCAUGAAAUCCAUCGCCGUUCUGGCAUUAAGUUCGGUGGAUGGCGACCCGGUGGCCGGGAUCUGUUACGUGGGCAACCAGAACUUGGACAACUUGCGGGGCUUCGUGUUGGCGCCGUUGGUGAUCUAUUUGUUCAUUGGCACCAUGUUCCUUCUGGCUGGAUUUGUGUCGCUGUUUAGGAUCAGAAGCGUCAUUAAACAAGGCGGCACUAAGACUGAUAAGCUGGAAAAGUUGAUGAUCCGAAUCGGGAUCUUCACGGUGCUCUACACGGUUCCCGCCACCAUCAUCGUGGCGUGUUACUUUUACGAGCAGCAUAAUAGACAAAGUUGGGAGAUCACCCAUAACUGUUCGUGUUUAUUGGAGCAAGAGAUCAAGAGACCGGACUACGCUGUUUUCAUGCUGAAAUACUUUAUGUGCCUUCUGGUGGGCAUCACGUCUGGUGUGUGGACAUGGUCCGGGAAGACCCUCGAGUCGUGGAGGAGUUUCUGCACGCGCUGCUGCUGGGGCAGUAAAGGCUCGGGCGGCUCCAUGUAUAGUGACGUGAGCACGGGAUUAACUUGGAGGUCCGGUACCGCCAGCUCAGUCUCCUGCCCCAAGCAGAUGCCUUUGUCCCAAGUUUGAAUCAAGAAAGUCCCGCUAAUUGUUUCUGGUCUCUUGGUCGUUCAUCCAUUUGCAUACAAAUGAACUUGUUGAUGGUUUCUAUUAGCUGAAGGACUGGUUGAAACAAUGCAGCAAUGCAGAAACAAUUACUUUUUGCUAAUUCCAUUCUAUUGAUAUGGACAUGACAUGCACCACAAAUGUCUCCAUCUUGCAGCAUUUUAUGUCAUUUACUUUUACAACCUUGUUGUAGGACAAGUUUUAAAUUGUCUAAACAAUCAAAGAUGGUUCAAAUAAGCCUUAAUGUUUUAGUGCCCAUUUAUUACAAAUUAUUAUUAUUAUAUACGGGUUGUUGUUUUUUAAUUGCGAGAUGUAUUUAUACAAUGGUUGUGUACAAACUUGUAAAUUGUGUAUAAAAGAAGAUUUAUAAAAUUAUUGUAAAUUUGUACAUAGUGUAGAUGCCACAUGAGAAGCAAAAUAUGACUUUUAUUUUGACAAUAAAAACUUU